GAAAGAGAGAAAGGAAGAGAGGGAGAGGGAGUGUGGCGGCCUCCGUUUAUAAUGGCUGCCCGAAAAAGAGAAGUGGCAAAGCAGUUACAUUGGGUAUAAGAUUCGUCGUGCACAGGUGAGGAAGAAGAGGAUGGUGAGCAGUGAGGCGAAGUACGAGCUGAUCCAGGAGGUAGGCCGGGGCAGUUACGGUGUGGUAUACGAGGCAGCUGUACGGCAAACUGGCGCUCGCGUGGCUGUAAAGAAGAUCCGCUGUCACUCCCCGGAGAACGUGGAGCUGGCCCUGAGGGAAUUCUGGGCUCUGAGCAGCAUCCAGAGCCAGCACCCGAACGUUAUUCACCUGGAGGAAUGUGUCCUGCAGAGAGACGGUCUCGCUCAGAGGAUGAGCCACGGCUCCAGCUCCUCACUAUACCUAGAGUUGGUGGAGACCUCCCUAAAGGGCGAGAUCACAUUUGACCCACGCUGCGCCUACUACCUGUGGUUCGUUAUGGACUUCUGUGAUGGUGGUGACAUGAAUGCCUAUCUGCUUUCUCGCAAACCCAGCCGCAAAACAAACACUAGCUUCAUGCUUCAGCUAGGCAGCGCGCUCGCCUUCCUUCAUCGCAAUCAGAUCAUUCACAGAGACCUCAAACCUGACAAUAUUCUCAUCUCGCAGGGCUGCAGCCCGGCCGGUUCACCUGAACCCACUCUAAAGGUGGCCGACUUCGGCCUCAGCAAAGUCUGCUCGUGUUCGGGACUGAACCCUGAAGAACCUGCCAGCGUCAACAAGUGUUUCUUGUCCACAGCUUGCGGGACGGACUUCUACAUGGCCCCGGAAGUCUGGGAGGGCCACUACACUGCUAAAGCGGACAUUUUUGCUCUGGGGGUGAUUAUAUGGGCCAUGGUGGAGCGGAUCACGUUUGUGGACGUGGAAACGCAGAAGGAACUGUUGGGAAGCUACGUUCAGCAGGGGGAGGAUAUUGUCCCAUUGGGGGAAGCUUUGUUAGAAAACCCCAAGAUGGAGCUCCACAUCCCUGCCCGGAAGAAGAGCAUGAACGCUGGCAUGAAGCAGCUCAUUCGAGAGAUGCUGUCUGCCAAUCCGCAGGAGCGACCCGAUGCUGUCGAGCUGGAGCUCAGGCUGGUUCGGAUCGCAUGCAGGGAACUCGACUGGGACACGUGAGAGGAUGGUGUCUUGGACAGGCGUGAACUUUUUAUGUAUUUCUUGCCAUCUAGGAAGACUUUCUUUUGAGCAUCAGAACACAUUGUUUGGAGGCAGAAAUGGGUUUUUAGGGGGUGAUUGCACUGGUCCUUGGUCUUUUCUACUCUUAAAAAAGGUGUAGUACAACACAUCCAUUGGUGAUAAAUGGCUUUUACAGUGAUGUUAAAUGCUGUUUUAAUGUCUCAGCUCUCCACAAGCACAUAGGGACUUUGGGGUCAUUGAGGAAAAACAUCAGAUUUCCACUCGUUGAUGACUUCCAAUUUACCCGCAUCACGCUUAGUGGUGCCAGAACAUUCCAAUACUAAGAAAUCAGACAGCAUGUAGGGCUGGGUGGUAUAGCUAGAAUAAAAGUAGACUUUGACUUAAUUUAAAUAUAUUUUUUUUAAUCGUAGAAACCGUCUUUGCCAAGUAAAAUUCAAUUUUUUUAUUUUUUUUGUCAAAUCAAUCAAACUACAGAAAUUUGCCCUGAUGAAAGUUUUUUGAUUUUCUUCAUACUUUUUCUGAAUAGAAACAUAAAUGAUGAUGAAAAUCAAAAUGUCCUGGAUCAAUAUUUACUUCUGAGUAAUCCAUUGUUUUGUAGGGGGGUCAAAAUGGUGUUUCUUUUUUUUUUUUUCUCCUUCUCCCCACCUAGGAUUUUGGAGCAAAGUUCAAAAAAUUCUUAAAAAGCUGUCUGCAUCAUUAUUUUAGUUUUCAACAUCAAUAGGUUGGUUAAUUACUAAAAUCAGUUGACUUCAGGACCCCUUGUUGCAUUAUAUGCCAACGGUGAAAAUGUUUGGAGUGAAGUUGUAAUGCCUGUAACACAAGAAGUAAUAUAAAGAUAUCUUAAUAAUGUUUUAGUUUCUGGUUCAGAACAAAAUGUACUUUUUGUAUCUUCUUUUAUAAGAUGCUAAAUGGUUAAGUCUCAGAUAUAUGGGGCUCUCAAUUUGGCUCCAUUCGUAAAUUUGCGAAAUUCUACCAAUUCUCUAUUGUUGAAAUCCAAAUGUGGGUUACAUGGUAUGAAGCUAGUUUUUCUUGUCCAACAAAAUGAAGGCCUGAAGUACAAAUAUAUUGAAACUAAAAUAAGUUGUAUAAGAAUCUGGGUGUCAGAGUCUUGGAGAUCUCAAACUUGGUGGGAUGGUCUACCAAGUAGUUUUGCUCCAAAAGCAAAAAUGUCUCACAUAGCCAGACCUUUCACUAAAACAGCAAGGGUUUGAACAAUAAAGCAGCUUAGAUUGGUCAAGAACUGCCCACUUACACAGGAAAAAUUAUUCAUCACCGUCAGUUUUGCCAUCAUGUGCGGUUUAGGGGCAGGGUUAUCGGAGAUAUAUGAUACCAUAAUAGAAGACUGACAUGGGGUAAGAAAUUAUUUUUAUAAUAGCACUGCAUGAUUAUGAGUAAGUACAGCAAAGAAAACCUCAUCACAGGGAAUUUCAUAGACAAAGUAAACAGCAGAAUAUUAAUGUCUGCAUGUGGAUUUCCACUUUACGUUCUGUAACAUUGUUUAAUUGUUUUCCAAUUUUGUGUGCUAUGUGCAUCAGAUGUUAGAGCACAGACUGAGCCAUCCGAGGCUGAGACUUUUGACCCCAUCAACAAAAUACUGGAUUACUCUGUAAAUAUAGAUCCAUGGUAUAUCAUAUUUAGAUAAUCGUUUAUGUAUUUCAUCAGAAAAAAUAAAUAUCAAUAACAAAAUGUUGAACCAGAGGCCUCUGGUUGAGUAAAAUGCUGUAAAAUUCUAGUUAACAACAAUUAGUGAAUUUUUCAUUUAUAUGAACCAAAAUAAACAGCCAUUUUUACCUACAAUUUAUUUUUUAAAGCAUAUAAAAUUCCACACAGGAAUUCUGUGAACCAUUUAGUGGUGGAAACAAAUCAUACAGUCAGUGUUUUAGAUCGAUUCACUGAAGCAGACGGUUAGAAAUAACUGAUUUGCAGCAAUGAAUUGAACAUACCAACUCGAACUGAGUUUAUUGCUGCCGAUAAUGAAAUCGGACUACUAAAAUAUCCCCGUCUUUGCAUGCUUAUUCACAAUAUUCAUGAUAAACUCAAUAUUUCAGUUACAUUUUAUCAGCAACAAUGUAAUAUUAUAUCUGAAAUAUUUUAGAUAUAUUGCCCAUCCCUAAUGUAGGUUUGAUAGAGCACAACAAACUCAUGGCCUCCAUUAUCCUUGGUAACUCCAGUGUCUUUCCAUCAUGUUCUCUUUGAGAGCUUGUCCAACAUCACUCCCGGUGCUAAUUCAACUUCUAAUGCAAACGCAGGUAAUAACGGCCUCUUAUACAGCCACCUUGAUAUUUUAACAGCUUUUGUACAACGGGAUCAAUAACUGUUUUCAGCACUUCGCUCAAAGGGCUUCAGGGAGUUGUAUUUGUAUCGCUCAAUUUGAAAACAGUGUUUUGUCAUAUUUUCUAAAAAGUACUUCACAAGGCAAUAGAUUCUAGUCAAUAUUUCAAAAGUGAUUCGCUAAAUGAUUCUGUUGUCCUACUAAAUAAAUAAGCUUGAAUAUUCAAUGAUUACCUUCAAUAAAAUAAAAUGAAUAAUUCAUUGAGGAAAAAGAAGUUUCAAGGUAGUUCUGUCUAAAUAUAGUUGGCAUUGGCUUCGUGCUAGAAAUUCUCUGAUCUUGGUGCGAUAGAAGGCUUAAUGCAAAUGUGAAGAAUGGGUGUCUUUCUGCGCUUUACUCUGUUUAGAUCUGGCUCAACCAAAACAUAAUCAGCCUGAUCUCAUGAAAAUUACAUGACUGUGACAUAUUUUUGCGAAAUGACUUUACGUGGUUUAUAACAUGCGUUACAUGCAGUUCUUAUGUGAAAUGUCCACUGUGUGGCGCUGAAAGUGAGGGAAAUGUUCUCCCAAACAGAUGAGGAUUUGAAGGUUCACGCUCUAUCGAGUUUGAAAUCAAUAAAACCAAACUCAUUACCUAAACCUAACCGAUUGUGUCAGAAAAGCAAAUGUGAGAUGAAAAACAUGAUUGCUGUAGCAACCACAUCAUUUCGUGGUGCUUUUGUCACAUUCAGCUUGUGUCAACUCGUCCUUUGUUCAAACGCAUCCAAAUUGCAGGAUAUACUGACAGAACGUUGUACUUGCAAUGCAAACUCAAAUGUAGUUGGUUAUGUAUUGCUAAUGUUAAACUGUAUCGCCUUACAUGUCAUGCACAAUAGUGAAAGUGUUUAGAUGUCAUAAGAUAGCAUUGUGUGAAAAGUGUUUAUGAACUGUUAAUCUGCCAUUUUACUUGUGAUUUGUGUGAAAGUCCUUGUUGUAGCGCCUCUAGUGUUUAUUUCACAAGGAAACUGCCGCGAUACAUGCAACAAGCCAAGUAAAGCUCAUUUGGCAAAAAUGUAGGUCUAGUUACAUGAUUUAAUGAGACCUGGUUUAAUGUGAUGUAAAACAACGCCCUUAAAUGAGGUCUUGGGUAUACUGUCUUUUCUCUAGAAUGUAGCCGAAUGAAAUUUGUCAUCAUUUAUACAAUUUAAGUCAUAAGAAUAAAUCAAAAAAACCUAAUAAAUAUUAACUACCCUAUAUGCUGGUCAUGUAAGUAACAGGGUUGACCGUAAAGAAAGAAAAAUAAUAUUAUUAAAUGCCUAAUAACAUAAGUGUUGGUGUUGCUAUUGAUUGCUCCUUACAGAAAUGAUUCACACAUACCCUGCCAGUCAAAUGUUUGGACACACCUAAUCAUUCUUCAUCAUAACUAUUUUUCACACUAUAAAGUAACAGUAAAGUCAUCAAAACUAUAAAAUAACAACUGGAAGUAUAGGAAUUAUUUUGAGAAAGAACUAGGGAUGCACUGAUGUCACUUUCUCAUCCAAUUUUGAUAUCUGAAAUCUCAGUAUUGGCCGAUCCCGAUACCAGUGUUGAUUUUUGCAUAAUCCGUUUAGAAAAUCUUGACCUCAUUUUGUGGAACUAAUUGGGGUUCACUUUAAUAAUAAUAAUAAAAUAUUAUUAUUAACAAAAUACAACAGUAAUAUAUUUCAGUCAUGCACCUUUAACUUGAAAACCCUCUGGCUUCUAUUUGGACAAUCGGAAUAUUCCAGGAAUUCCUGCAAGUGUCUGUAUGAGGCUACUUCACAUAGGUUUCAUUAGCUUCUUAUUCGAAUUCUGUGAAAUGCUCCUCCGGUGCUGUUCUAAAUGUAUAUUAUAAGUGAACCGAACUUUUGAGCAUCUACAUCUGAGAUGUUGUUCAGGAGUAGCCUCACCAGCUUGCAUGUGCUAUGUGUGCGUGUCAACAGAGCAGUGCCAGUCACUAAUGAUUCAUGUAAUUCACAGAGAUAUAGUGUAAGUGGCUUUGAAUAAAAAUGCUUUUAUUGUUCUUUUAUGUCAGUGUUGGAGCUUGACAGUAACUAACAUGACUAACACACAGAAUCAGUUGGAUUGGGAUCAAUAUACCAACCAUCUAAAAACGUCAGUAUCGUAGCCAACACUGAUCCAGGUAUCGGAUCGGUACAUAACUAAUAUGAGCUUCAAAGUCGUCACCCGUUGUGUAGAUUCCAGCUCCGCACACUCUUGUUAUUCUUUCACGCAACUUCAUGAGGUGCAUCCUGAAAUGUUGUUUAAAUAGUAUUUAAAAACAAUUGCUGGACACUUACCUGUGUAAUAAUUUAAACAAACAAAACUUUAGAUCAAAAGGUUUUUAAGAUCAUGAAAAAACAUAAUUACAAUUAAGUAUGUCCAAACCUUUGAUUGGUACUGUAUAUUAAUGAGAGACAUAAAAAGACACACACACGUCUUUGACACUCAGUACCAGUGAGGUGAAUUUGAUCGUUCUUGCCUGGAGUCUCAUAAUACUGAAUCUUCCCGAUAAUCCCUUCCGCUACGCUCCUGACAGACUUGUGCUAAGCCUGUUAUGUUUUUGUGGCAUCAGAGGAAAAAUGAAUUCUCUGGGACAGAAACCUCUAGUCAUUUUGUACAAAUUUACAGGCAUAUCCGACAAGACCCUUUGUGGCAGUAGCAUCUCUGUCCCUUUAAACACAGAACAGAUCCUUUUUUUAAGUGACAAGGGACAGUAAUAUUUACAUGUAUUAUGCUGUGUGUUUAUUUUUCUUUGGUGUUUUACCCUUUUUCAAGUGGGGGAUUCUUUUAAAUGUCAGAACCAGCAAAGAUUUAAUUCCGAGCAAUGGCUUAAAUCAUCCCUCUUAAAGAUUUUGUUUUCCUGCAUUUAUAAACGUGUCACUCCAACUGUGGUAUUUUCCUAUAAUCCAUAUUAUUGCAAGAAUAAAGGAUAAAAGGAUUAUUUGUUCACAGAGCCACAACUUUGUGAUCACCCAAAUAUUGUUUAAUCUGCCUUUUCAUUGAGAUUACCAUCAUUUCUGCCUUAUUUUAAAAUCCCAUUGACCUGGAGCGCUUGAUUCGUCCAUCUAUUUCCUGAACAACAACCGGAGUUCUCUCAAAGGACUAAGCUUCAUUUACCUGAACAGCACUUGGUUUUGGUGGUUGGAAACGAUUGCUUGAUUUGGAAUUGUUGCAGAUUGUCAGUAUUAAUAAAUGCAUAGGAGAACAUCAUUGAUGGGGCAUAUGUGCCCUCCUAGUGCGAUGCUGAAAUUUACGGUGCAAACGUUGAAUAUGUGAACAGCCGACAUGCAUAUGAAUGUCAUUGGUUAGAAUGUAAGAUUGGGGUCAAGCCCUUUUUUGUUUUGUUUUUUAUGAGCAAAUCACAGGUGGAGUCCUGUGGAGUAUCUCAAAGCAAUUGUUCACCCAAAAGUGAAAAUUGUAAUUUACUCACUCUCUUGCUGUUCCAAUCUUUUGUGAAUAUCUUUAUUCCAUGUAAGGAGAUGUCAAGCAAAAUGUUCAUUUUGUAUUUUUCCAUACAACAAAUGCAUAUAGUGACCAGUUGCUGUCCGAUUCAUGCGCAAGUCAGAUGAUGGCUUCGUUUGAUAUGCAAGUCGUUAUUCACUAGUAAUGUUCCCCUCUGCAGUAGCUGUCAAAUUUACAGAGCGCCUUAGAGGACAGGGAGGGAAUUUAUGUUUAUGAAAUAUUUUGCGUUCCCUUGCAGUAGUUUUGCAUUCCCCGUACACUAGUUUCCAUUGCUUUCCUCACAAUAAAGUUUGAGUUCCAUCGCAGUAGUUUGCGUUCCUUUUCAAGAAGCUUUGUGUUCGUUUACAAUAAGUUGCGUUCCCUCGCAAAAUGUUUUUGUUCUUUCAGUUCAGUAUGCAUCCCUUCACAAUCGUAUGCGUUUCCUCAAAGAUUUUUGUUCCAUAGCAAUAUUGUGCAUCCCCUCACAAGAUGUUUUGCGUUCCCUCGCAAUAGUUUGAUUUCUCUCACAGUACAUUUUGCCUACCUUUGCAAAAGUUUGUUCUCUCACAAAGUUUUUGCGUUCCUUUCCCAAUAGUUUGCGUUCCGUCACAAUACCUUUUAUCCUUUCCUUAUGGUUUCAACUAUGCCAUACUAUUUUGUUGUAAAAUCCUAGUAACCACAAAAUUUAUCUAGCUCAGCUAUGGUAUUUGUUUUGCAUAAAAGGGAUCAAAUUUUUACCAUGAUAUUCAUGGUAAAACUGUACUAAAGGAAAUCCAAAACUGUGGUAAAUAAAUCAUAAUCAUUCUGCAAAAAACAACAACAGCUGUCACUGCAUUAUGGUUCAUUAGUUGUACAAGUAAGGGUUUUACUGUAGUAAAUCUGCAGUCACGAUGUAAUUGUUUUUUGUAGGAACAAUGCUUUUAAAAACCAUGAUGCAUGUACCACAAAUUAACCAUGGUGUUACUAUAAGAAACCAACCAAGAUUUUAUUUUAAAAAUUUUUGCGGAAUGGUUUUCCUUUAUUAUUACUAUGUACCAUGAAUAUCAUGGAUAUAAUAGUGUUACUGUACUAAAGCCAUAACCACAAAAUUGACCAUGGUUUUACUAUAGUUACCAUAUUUUCACCAUGAUAUUACAGCAUUAUUAUAUGUUAAACCGUGGUUAAUUUUAGUAAGGGAUAAAUAAUGGUGUUCCGAGGAAAUGCAAAACUUAUUGCGAGGCUUUGCAAACUAUUGUGAGGGAACUCUUAUUUGCAUAUUUAUUGCUUAUUUUUCAAACUUUCACAUUGCAUUCAAGUUAAUAAACAUGAAAGAACCAAUGGCAUUUGGCACCAUUAAUGUCAAAUCGACAAAUUUGAAUAUGCAAAAGUGUGAAAGAUGUGUGAGGGCUGUGGCAGAGGGGAAGAUUGUCAAUGAUUAAUGACUUAAAUCAACAGCUAUCAUAUGGCAAUUAAAGAUUAGGAUAGUAGUGCACAGGUUGAAUGCACUACUUUUCUGGUGGAAUGAUAUGACAGAGAGAGAACAAUGAUGCUUUUCAUUUUUGGGUGUCUUUGAAAGACAACAGCAUAUCAGUUAAAUGCAUUUUAAAGAUAAUUCACCUACUUGUACAAGUACCCGUUUUCCCCUUCCUAACAUCUACAAAAUCAGAAUAAAAUCACAAUAAGCUGGCCAUUUACUUUGAUCUUACAGGAAGAUAUACCUAUUCAUUUUUUAAGCAAGGUUUUUGCUCUUCUAUACAUACUGUACAUGAACACCUGAUAUGCACAGUGGAAUGGCUGUGUUGUGUGCUGUGUGAGUGAUUUGUUAAGUUUGUAUUGUGAACGGGGCUGUUGCAUUCUGUGGUUGGCAUUGGUUGUUAUAAGUAGCGUGUUGACCUGAUCACAUGACCUUAUGUGUGUUUCUGGAUUUCUGUGCAGUGUCAGAUACUGAUCUGAUCUUCUGGCCUAAGGGUGAAGUUCCUGUUAAGUGUGUUAAGUUGUUGGAGCACAACUGUAUUACAAUUUUGUAAGAAAGAAAACCAUGUUUUUCAGAAAAGCACUAUGAAACAUUUCCCUCAGUAUCAACCAGCUCAGAGAUUCUCCUCAAGCCUACUUCUACUCAACAUCUGCUAUUGGGAGCUGUGGUGAUGCACUGUGACUUGAAAAGUGCUUUGACUUUUGCUUUGUUUUCCUUCAACACUUUGUGUUCUUUUAAAUUCAUUUGAGAUUAACAAGUUCAUGAGAGGGAAUCUUCAAAGUGAAUGUGUAAUUUAUUGUUGGGA